CGAUCACCGCCGAGGAAUACAAUCGCCGGGAGAACAGGAGAAUGAAGCACCAAAGAAUUCGCAAGAAGCUGAGCGGCACCACGGAGAGGCCACGGCUCGCAGUUUUUCGUUCCAACCAGCAUUUGUACUGCCAGGUGAUUGACGACACCAAAAUGCACACGCUCGCGGCCAUGUCGACGAUCCAGAAGCCCCUCCGCGACGAGCUCAAUCUCAGUUCUGGCCCAACGAUUGAGGCGGCAAAACGAGUCGGGGAAGAGAUUGCCAAGCUUUGUCUCAGUAAAGGAAUCACCAAAAUAGCUUUCGACCGGGGUGGAUUUGAGUACCAUGGUCGGAUCAAAGCCCUGGCCGAGGCCGCUCGAGAGAGUGGGCUUGAGUUCUAAACAAAUUCUUCUCUUUUUGUUUUACUUAACUUUUCUCUUACAGAUAAUCUCUAGGGAAGAACAUCGCAAUGUGCGGUGCCUGUUAGCUCGACGUGUGGUGUUUCGGGGCUCAAGGUUUUUCUUAGUCCUUACAGGUGCUCGCUCCCAUAGUCAUGAGGAGCUCAUGCCAAUCUCUUCAUUCUCCUUCAAUUUCAUUGCCUUCAAAGCGAAGAAGAUUGCGCCGAGUUGCUACUGCGGCUCUCAGUAAUGCUCAGGUCAAGCAAGCCGAGAUGCUGAUUGAGCGGCUGUCUACGCGCUUGACAACAGAUAAGGUUUUGGACAAGAUUACUACUGUCAUUGCUGGCCAAACUCCGGUGGAACCAGACAUACUGGACAAACAACUCAAGGCCAUCACAACCGGAGAGGAUUACAAUUCCUGGGAGGAGUUGAGGACAGAGUUUGUACGCAAUGCCUCUAACCUGUGGACGUCUUCUUAUGAUUUGCUUACAAACUUCAAUCCAUUUGAGCUUGGACACUGGGUCGGGGGCUUGAUUGAAGACUUCGCUGAAAGAUUUGCUGCCUGGGAACUAUCUAGUUUGGUGGCCAUCGGAGAGAGAUGGGUGAUCUGGACGCCGCUUGUUGUUCUUACAAUGGCGUGGCAAAUGUCAAAGAAUAGAAAUCAGAACGGCGAAGCGACGGAAAGCCAGACAUUGGUGCCGCCUGUCACUGAAAAGCAAAAGCAGGUCAGGAAGGAGAUCGAGAGAAUGAAACUAAGAUGUUCGCUUCUACAAGAGGUGGGAGCUAUAAAAGGAAGUGCGACUAUACAAGCCAUCGUGAAGCAGCUCCAGAUGGUUGGCUCAAUGUUCGACGACGAGACUGCCAUGGAGAACAUUAACGGGAGCUGGCAGCUAUUAUAUGCGUCUCAAGAGCCCGCGAUAUUUUCUCGAUUGCCCGGUCUAGAGAUAAGCAAUCUGGAGCAGAAGUUUUCACGGCGGAGUAACGAUCAAACGCUGACGAUACACAAUCUCGCGCUCUUGAGACUACCUGGUGUGGGAGCGGUCCGAGUGGAACUCAAGGGCGUGUGGAACAAGUCGACUGGUAUGGUGGUCUUUGACGAAGUUUCUGCUGGUAGAGCUUUCGAGUCCCCAGUUUCUUGGGACUUGACAAGGAUCACUCUCGCGCUGCCCGUUCCUCGGUCCGAGCGGUGGGAGCUUUUGUAUAUGGACGACGUGAUUCGCGUAAACCAGGGAGACGAUAGCCAUUUGUACAUCUAUUCCAGACUUUACACUUGAAGCUUUGGAAUUGAGCACGCAUUACUGCCUCCAAUAUUCUCGCU